AUGGAUCACAUUGCCGGGCAUCGGUCUUGCCUCAUCGUGGUUUGCUGCCACGGGAUCUAUCUGGGAGGCCCCAACCGGGGCCAUUCCGACAAUGAAUGGUCCGCUCUAUAUCCCCCGGAUCGACCCCUGGUCGAAUGUCAAUUGAUGAGGUGCAGGUUAAUAGAGUCCUUCCAAAAGGGAGAAACCGACACUUUCAUGAAACAUGCCAAGGCCGCAGUGGAAUUACUGGUUGAUUCUCCCGGUGGAUGGCUGGUGUUUUCGGGCGGUCCCACUAAACGACCCCGGACAGAACUCUCCGAGGCACAGUCAUACUUCAACCUGGUCAGAGACAAUGAUUUCUUCAACAUGGCUCACCAGAUCGACACCGAGAGGAUCAUCAUAGAGCCUCGUGCGACAGACUCUUAUCAGAAUGUCUUAUUCUCGCUGCUGGAAUUUCGCUUGUGCACAGGAUAUUACCCAGACUCUGUCGCCGUCUUCACGCACAAGUUCAAGUCGACGCGGUUCUUGGAAUACCAUUUCCCUGCCAUUGGAUUACUGUCUAACUUACCAGCUGCUGUGACGGAUGGAAGCCGAGACGCUGAGGUGUGGGGCUUCGAUCCUCCAGAGCAUGUCACAUCGCAAGAAUCAUUAAUCAAGGGUGAGGCCUUGAGAGGAAUUGGACUGUGGAAGAAAGAUCUAUACGGAGUCGGGGAUGAACUCGCCAGUAAACGGAAGGUCAGAGGUUGGAAGCCUGGUAUGGAGCGCGUCUUCCUCAACCGAGGGUUGGAGAAAGUCGUGGAGCAACUGGUUUGCUGGAAUGGCGGGGCAGGAAACGAGUGGUUCCCGCGGAUUACGGAAUUGCCCUGGUUUUACAGAAACAAAGAACAAUCGUGA